CAAUUGCUGUCACGUUGAUCUUGAAAACAUCCUAUACUACUAUAUUGACUAUUGCGAAGAUAAAUUUUACUCUUGCGUGUAGUAAACAAAGAUACAUUUUUAUUUUCAUCAUGCAUCUGGUUGACAUACACGAUGAGUUUACUCACUUUAUGGCCAACAUGACCUGCUUGUCCGUGAUGAGUGUCAGAUAUUCAUCUCGCUGUAUACUGGCCAAAAAACUUAGGGACUGCGAUAGAUAUACAAAUAUUAUCAAUUAUUUUGAGUUGAUGUAUUGUGAUUUAAAAGUUCGCAACGAGAGCAAGGAGAUCGGCGUGCUCUGCUUAUUUGUUUUGAUCUAUUUCCUGUUUUUCUGUGUCGUUUUUAUUUGCAUCAACGAAUACUAUUUGCCAGCACUGAAAAUCGCAGCCAUAAGGUUAAAGUUGAACGAGUACUUGGCCGGCGUAUUACUUGUGGGCGUGGCCAACUCCACUUCCGAUUUUAUGCUCAAUUUUUCAGCGGUACGGAGUGGAUCUCCCACCAUGAAUUUAGCUAUGUCAAAUGCCCUGACAUCUAUAUGUGUGAUGGGUGGAACAAUCUACGUUAUAAUGCCAUUCAAAAUAAACAGUGCCAGUGUUUUUCGCGAUUUCCUCUUUGUAAUAUUCCUAUUACAACUGAUCCGUUUCUUCAUUCAGACAGAUUCACCAACGUAUUGGGUGAAGGGUUUAAUUAUAUUGCUCAUAUACCCCAUAUACCUGGCUGUAAAUAUAAUUGACUUUCUCCUUAUGCGUUACAAUAUAAGAAAACUGCGACGCGAAAUUGAGAUUCUGAGAUACAAGCGGAGCUCCCCGAUGCUGGACAAAAAGCUGUAUGACAAGGUAACUACAUUAAAAGAUCUCGAGGUGGACGAUGACUUCAAGAUACUGCGUAUGAAGACUCGGUAUGGUAUUUUUCGCGCCGGUGUCUUUGUCACACCGAAGCCAUUGGUAGAGCCAAGGAAGGUGGAUGUGGAGAGCAACAGAGUGCUCUUCCACAACAAAAAUAAUCCAAAGAAUCGUUUUCUGUUCACCGAGUUCAUCCAGGACCUAAAUCCCAUUGAUCCUGAGCAUUGGAUGUUUAGCGGCAAAUACGGGCGGGCUGCACUGAUUUGCGUUUCGCCAGCUAUGUUCUUGCUUAGACUGGCGAUACCAAUGGUAAACUAUGAGCAGAUAAAGCAUGGCUGGAGCAAGUUACUCAAUUGCAUUCAGAUCAUUACAAAUCCAUUUCUAGUCGCUAUACUUUUAGAAACUGCGUACUUUACCACUCAUAAUAACAGUUGGUUGAUUAAUAUUUACUUUGAUAAAGCCUUGUGGUCCCUUGCGGUAACAGUGCCGCUGUCGCUUAUUGUCUUUGUCGACACUCGCACUGACAUUCCGCCGCCCUACCAUAAAUUAUUUUCCAUUUUCACUAUUGUCACCGUGGUCACUCUUAUCUGGAUUUGCUCCUGGGAAAUGGAGGUGAUCAUCUCAAUCAUCGGCUCCGUGUUCAAUCAAUCGUCGAACUACAUGACAGUCACCUUCAAUGCGUUCUCUAAUGCAGUGCCGGACAUGAUCGCCUAUAUCCAACUCUCCAAGAAUGGGUACGGAAAAAUGGCCUUCGGCGGCAUCGUUGGCGGCAUAGUAUUCGAUAUAACAAUCAACCUUGGCGCACAGUUUGCACGUAGUAAUUCUGAGUCUAGGCACUUGCUCGGGGACUUUGGCGAGACCAUCUACAUAUUCUUGCUUUUAACUGUCUUCUCCACUUCAUGGAUGUGUUUAGUCUUAGACUUUAACGCCCGACGAUCCGGUGGUAUCUUUUUGUGGUGUUUGUACGUAAUGUUCUUCAUUUACGUAACUCUCAUCGAGGCGAACGUGAUCCACGACUUUACCGCUGAUACGGUUAUCGAAGUGAAAGACUAAGGCACGACCCCGACUUCACAUACCCUUUGUUGGGUCAAUAAAUUUUUGCACCCCGUUGUAUUAUUCA